AGGAGACAGCACACCGGGAGCAGGAGACAGCACACCGGGACAGCUCAACAGCACACCGGGGUCAGAUCAACAGCACACCGGGGUCAGCUCAACAGCACACCUGGAAAAGGAGACAGCACACCGGGGUCAGAUCAACAGCCAUUCUCUCUGCAGCCUCAGCCCACUCAAUGGAUCGGUGGCAGCCCCACACAUAGCCGGGAGAGCAGAAGAAGUGGCUCACAAUGGGUGGCAUGUGGAUCUUUGUGGCAUUGCUUUUCAUAAGACCGGUUGCCGGUAGCCCCGGAGAAGGCAGGAUAGUGUGGGAAAGAAGCCGUCUGCUGGAUCCUCUGAAUGAAAGCCAGCUUUUCACCCACGGGACAUUCCCGCAAGACUUUCUGUGGGGUGUGGGAAGUUCAUCACUUCAGGCAGAAGAUGACAACUCCAAUAGAGGACCUUCUAUAUGGGACCGGUUUAUGAGAACUCACCAGACCUGGCUGACAAACAGCAGUCACUACGAGAAUCAUCCUGGAGACAUCUCUACCAGCUUCUCACACAAUGAUCUACCAGCCCUGGAGUUCCUGGGGGUUCAUUUUUACCAUUUCUCAAUUUCCUGGUCAAGGCUUUUCCCCCACGGAAAUCACAUCGUCAAUGAACACGGGGUUCUCUAUUACAACACUCUGAUCGACUUAUUGCUGAGCAGAAGAGUGCGACCUGUAGUCACCCUCUACCACUGGGACCUGCCGCUGUCCAUCCAGGAGAAGUACGGCGGGUGGGCAAACGAGAGCAUCUCCUAUCUCUUCAAUGACUACGCCAAGCUGUGCUUCCAGAGAUUCGGUGAUCGGGUGAAGUACUGGAUCACCAUGCACAACCCGUACCUAAUAGCCCUGCACGGCUACGGCACCGCGAUGCAUGCACCGUGGCAGAGAGGGAGCGAGGCGCAGGUCUCUGCAGCAGCACACAACCUCAUCAAGGCUCACGCUAUGGUUUGGCACACAUACGACACCCACUUCCGCCAAUUCCAAAAGGGCUACCUGUCAGUGACACUGGGCUCCCACUGGAUAGAACCAGAGAAGGGAAACAUUAACCCUUUAACCGUCAAGAUAUGCCAGGAAUCCAUGGAAACCGUACUUGGCCGAUUUGCAAAACCAAUUUAUGGCGAUGGAGAUUAUCCCGAAAUCCUAAAGCAUAAAUACAGCUCCAUUUUACCCAAUUUUACAGAAGCAGAAAAGACUUACGUAAAAGGCACGGCAGACUUCUUUGCGUUUUCCUUCGGACCCAAUAACUUCAAGCGCCCAAACGAUGCGGCGAAAUUGGGUCGGGUUUUAAUUCAUUUAAGAGGGGCAUUAAACUGGAUUAAGAUGGAAUACGACAACCCCAGAAUCUUAAUUACAGAAAACGGCUGGUUCUCAAACAGCAACAUCAGAACCGAAGACACCACAACAGUAUACAUCAUGAAGAAGUUCAUCAACGAUGUUCUUCAAGCUAUUAAAUACGACAAUAUUCAGGUGUUUGGUUAUACUGCGUGGUCCCUGGUAGACGGCUUUGAAUGGCAAGAUGGCUACAAAAUAAGACGAGGAUUGUUUUAUUCUGAUUUCAACAGCAAGGAUAAAAAGAUAAUGCCCAAGUCGUCUGCAUUUUAUUAUAAGCAAAUUAUACGUGAUAAUGGCUUCCCUCGAACGGAGGCGACGGCUGCAGUAAAUGGGCAGUUCCCGUGUAGCUUCUCCUGGGGAGUAACGGAUUCCGUGUUAAAGCCCGAACUAAUGCCUUCAUCCCCCCAGUUUGUUGACCAGCGGCUGUACAAGUGGAAUAUUACUGGGAAUGGGUUUCUGCAUCCGGUUGAAGGUGUGAUACUCAAGACACGGCCUGCUCAAUGCACUGAUUUCAUCACCGUUAAGAAACAGCUAUCCCUGUUGACAAGAAUGAAAGUCACCGACUAUAGAUUUGCCCUGAACUGGUCCUUGAUUUUACCCAAAGGAGACUUGUCUGUCAUCAACAGGGAGGUCCUCAGAUAUUAUCGAUGCAUGAUCGAGGAAGCAUCUAAUAAUGGAAUCAAGGCCAUGGUGACACUCUACUACCCAACACAUGCAUCUUUGAGCCUUCCAGGACCCUUGGCGGAACAUGGUGGAUGGUUAAACAGAAGUAUUAUCCAGGCCUUCAGUGACUACGCCGAUAUGUGCUUCAGGGAACUGGGUGACUUGGUAAAGCAAUGGAUAACCAUCAAUGAACCAAAUCGGCUGAGCCAAUAUUACAAUAAUAGUAGUAAUAUCACCUAUCAGCCAGUGCACAAUGUACUCAUAGCUCACUCCAAGGCCUGGCAUUUGUAUGACAAGAAAUACAGACCCACUCAACAUGGCCAGGUAUCCUUAGCUCUACAUACAGACUGGGCUGAGCCCGCUAACCCAUUCUUAAAAUCUCACGCAGAAGCCGCGGAAAGAUUCUUGCAGUUUGAUAUCGCAUGGCUCGCCGAACCAAUUUUUGGUUCCGGUGAAUAUCCAACCCAAAUGAGGCAUUACAUUCAAGCAAAGAACAAAAAAGGCCUGUCCAAUUCCUACUUGCCACAUUUUACUGAAGAAGAGAAAAGGCUAGUUAGAGGCUCAGCUGAUUUCUUUGCCCUGAACCAUUUUACCACCAGACUGGUUAUACAUGAGACCAAGAACGGUAGUAGACACGACUAUGACCGCGACAUCCAUUUUCUCUCUGAUGCCACGUGUCUCACUUCAGGGAGCGGGUUAGCCGUUGUCCCAUCAGGGAUACGCAAAAUCUUAAACUGGAUAAAAGCGAAGUAUGGAGAUAUUCCCAUUUAUAUAACAGCGAAUGGGAUUGAUGACAAGUCAUCCAGCAAUGAUGACCUGAGAAUAUAUUACUUAAAACAAUACAGCCAACAGAUCUUACUAGCCUAUCUGCAGGAUAAAAUCAAUGUGAAAGGAUACUAUGCCUUCAAACUGACCGAUAAAACAAGACCCCAAUAUGGCUUCUACAACUCUGCCCUUUAUAACAUGAAAGCCAAAGCUUCGGUGGACGUCUACAACGCAUUGGUCAACGCCAACGGCUUUCCAUUUGAUCAGCCACACAACAUGUGCAAAACGGACCCUGAAGACAAGCAAUGUUCCUUCUGCACGUUUGUACAACAGAAGAAACCCUUAAUAUUCUUCAGCUUCUGUCUUUUUACAACUUCAGUUCUUUUACUCACGGUUACCCUCGUUCGUAAAUACAAAAAAAAGCGGAGAAAACUGCGCCCGACGAAAAACGAACAGACUGUAUGUUUCCUGUUUAAAAAGAAAGAUGGCUUCAGCCAUUGCUGAGCUACUCUGGGCACAAGUGACGACGACUUUAAUCUCUGUGAAUUCACUCCAUUAGUUCUUAAAAUAUCAAGAACCGAUAAACGUCUCUGCUCCCAACUGACAACCCUCCGGGUGCCUUUAGCUAACGCAAGUACCCAAAACCCAUAAAAUAAUUAGUUUUAUACUUCAUGAAUCGUAGCCUAGGGCGCCGUGCCUUAUUAAAAAAUAUGACUUCUCAUUUACAGGACUAUUUUAAGGAUAUAUCCAUGAAAAAGCCCCUAAAUAAAUCAGACUCCUAAAUAGGUCUACCUAGACCUGAGUGUUUCUGUACACAUACAGUCUACAAACAACUGGGCCACUUGAAUUAGGCCCAAGGUUUGUAGACUGCACGUCUAUGAUGUCGAUGAGGCAUGGCUAUUAUAAGGCUAAUACCCUCACACGCAACAGGGGCAUUGCUAUGGGGCAGCUUAAAGUUGGGGUUGCCCUGAGGU